CGUGAAACGGCUCAAAAGAACGAUUCGUUCAAGAACCGAACAUCAGUAUCCGGAAGCCUGUGCUGUGUAUGCGGAACUGAUGAAGAGAGUCAAUAAAAAAACACGGGCAACUAUCGCUUUUUCUCAACACGGGAUUUGAAAGCUGCGAGAAUGACAAACGUGUACUCUUUCGACGGCAUUCUUGUAUUCGGCCUUCUUUUCAUCUGCACGUGUGCUUACCUGAAGAAGGUCCCUCGUCUGAACAGCUGGCUCUUGUCUGAGAAGAAAGGUGUCUGGGGAGUCUUUUACAAAGCUGCAGUGAUAGGCACACGGCUCCACAUCGCUGUGGCAGCGUCCUGUAUGUGUAUGGCGUUUUACCUCAUCUUUCUGAAAUGACCCGGAUGAACCGCUCUCUUUGGACACUGGACUGAACGCCAAUAGAAAUGAGUGCUGGCGAGUAUCGCCGGCUUCUGGAGGAGAUGCACAGACAGUGCGCUUUAGCACCCAUUUAAGACCUGCUAUCCAUUUUUGUACAUGUUUAACUUAAGAUUAGAUUUCGGGUAAAUUCGGUCUUAGAUCAGGGUUAAACGGUAACUGAAGCACCUACUUCUGAUUCAAA